CCCCGGUCAUGGUGGCAGGCUCCCGUACUAGCCAUGGAGGAGGUCACGUUCAAAAGCGACACUGUGCUGUCAGACAUCCACCUCUGCACCCCGAACCAGAGACACCUCAUGGUGAGGUUGAAUGGCGUGGGGCAGCCCGUUUGGAUUCCUGGAUUCUGGAAACUGAGGCUACGAACAGAUAAGUGACUUACCCAGGGUCACACAGCCUGGAGAGAUGGAGGACUCCAGCCUAGGAUUGUCCGCUCAAGUCCUUGUACCUCCCACCUGCAGCCCACCUCUCCUGGCACACAUACUCUUACUAAAACUUGUCCCAGUGACUUUCUGGCCACCACAUGUUUUCCUGUCCCAGUUCAAGUUUGUGUGGAACCAAGACUCUCAGACAGACUCAGGGGCUGAGGGUGGUGACCACGGAGAUGUUCCCACAGAAGAAACUCCUGCUGGGAUAGGCAGCACCGGGUCCCCUCCUGGGAGUGGCGGCAGCAGUGAAGGCUUCUUCCUCCAGGCCAGCACUGACUCCACCAGCCAGGAGUGGCUGGGAGCUCAUCUGGACGAGGAUGGGGAUUUGGAUGUCGUGAGAAGACCACGGGCUGCCUCUAACCCCAAGCCAGCAGGGCCUCCGAGAGACAAGGUACAUCCCAUGAUUCUAAUGCAGGAAGAAGAUGACAUCCUGGGAGACGAAGCACAAGAGGGCAGCACCCGUGAUGUCAUCAAAAUAGAGCACACCAUGGCCACGCCCCUGGAAGAUGUUGGCAAGCAGGUGUGGCGGGGUGCCCUGUUCCUGGCUGACUACAUCCUAUUCCAGUGGGACCUCUUCCAGGGAUGCACUGUACUGGAGCUCGGGGCAGGCACAGGGCUUGCCAGCAUCGUCGCAGCCACUGUGGCACAGACGGUGUAUUGUACAGGCGUGAACGCGGGGAUAAAAGUGUCGUCAUGCUGGCGCUUUGUGGCAUGCCCUUCUGUCAUUCCAGAUGUUGGUGCAGAUCUCUUGGCCAUGUGCCAGCGAAACGUUGCCCUCAACAGCCACCUGACUGCCUCUGGAGGUGAGGCCCAGCAGGUCUUCCGCCUGGGAGGGAGGUAUCUUUGUUUGGCAGAUGGGACAAACACCCAGGACCAUAAACCUGGCAGGCGGGGUUCUGCCUGCUUCCCAUUAUAUCCAGGUGGUGUAGUUAAGGUCAGAGAACUGGACUGGCUGAAAGACGACCUCUGCACAGAUCCUGAUGUCCUCUUCAGCUGGUCAGAAGAGGACAUCUCCGACCUGUACAACCACACCACCAUACUGCUCGCAGCCGAAGUGUUCUAUGAUGAUGAUUUAACGGAUGCUCUGUUUAAAACACUUUGCCGACUCGCUCACAAAUUGAAAAACUCCUGCACAGCCAUUCUUUCUGUGGAGAAAAGGCUGAACUUCACGCUGAGUCACCUGGACGUCACGUGCGAAGCCUACGACCACUUCCGCUCCUCCCUGUACCGACUGGAGAAGCUCGAGGACUGCCAGCUGCGCUUUGCUGUGGAGCCAGUGGAGGCCUCCUUCCCACAGCACCUCGUGUAUGAGCGCAUCCAGCAGCUGCUUCUCUGCCACAGUGAAGCAGAAAGAACGGCCGAGAGCGCCGGAGAUCAGAGGAAGCCCCCGCCUGGUUUGCAUGUUGCCCAUGACGCACGUGUCACUUGUUCUCUCACUAAUUAUCAUGAGCUCUGGAAGAUCUUUGUGGAACCAGUAACGUCACCCAUCGCGUCUGCAAGCACAGCUCCUCGACUGUUCUUGUAAAUCAGUUCUAAUAAAAUCAGAGGCUCAUGGAGUGAUUUGCCUGAGAUAC